GAGAGCAACCCGCUGAGCCAAUGGCGACUUUGUCCACCCAGGAUGUGAGGAGAAUCUUCUCGCUGCAGGAGGAGGAGGGCCGGCAGUGCCUGAGGAGUCUCCUGCAGGAGGGAGACCACCCCCGCCAGGACAUCCUGGCAGACAUCUACUACGACAGCCUCAUCUUUGCCGGCGAGAAAGGCUUCCCGUGGCCCGCCGUGGCCGAGGUGGUCAGCUUCAUCAGGGAGCUGUUGGAGGAAACCAGAGGUGUCUCUCUGGCCUCGGCUGUGGCCGUCCUCGGAUACAAGCUCCAAAGCGCCAGGGCCUGGCUGAGCCCCUCUCACCUGGAUGCCCUCUGUGCCUACGUCCACCACACCUACCUCUGCCACUUCCGGCUCUACCAGUGUGUCCUGGUCCGGGCACCCGAGGAGAAGCGAGAGACCGCCCGCCUCCAGCUCUGUCUGCCACCGCAGCCCGCCCCACUGGCCGAGGGCACCGAUCGGGACUCCUGGCUGCAUCGCCAGAGGCUGGCAGAGCUGAGCCAAGAGGAGGCCGAGAUCUUGAGCCGCCCGGCCCCGCCGCUGCUGGAGACCAAGCAGGCCCUGAGCGAGGCCCAGGAGGAGCUGCAGGUGCCCAGGGGGCAGGGCCUGGACAGAGAGGUGCUGGAGAGGGUGGUGCGGGGGGCGGUGGGCGCCCGGCUGGGGGCUGCGGGGCGAAGGCUGCAGGCCCAAGUCCAGGCCGCCUUCGACCUGCUGCAGCUGCGGGUCCGGAGGAAGGAGCUCAGCUUCCGCGCACCCCCGGCCAAACCCGGGCCCGACCCCCACAAGACGCCCUUCCCACGGAACAGGAAGAAUUAGCCUCGUCCCGGGCCUCCUGCGCCUGGAAA